AUUUAAUUUUUUUUGUGUAGUAAAAAGCAUUAUUGUCCAAAAACUGCUGCCUCCGUUGACUACCGGAGGAUCUGCCUGGACGGUUUCUGCGGACUGUAUUUUUCUGAUAACCUCGAAGAUAAGAUCUGGCAUGAUGGAUCGUCAGCAAUUAAAAAAUAAGUGAUACAUAUCUAUUUAAAAAUACUUCAUUCUUUAGUUCCUGUAUUAGAGUGCUUCAAGAAAGAUGACAAACUUUUUUGCUCCAUUACUUUGUUUUUGUAAUGCAAUUUAUUUUGCGUCAAGUGUGCUUCCAGAUCCAUACCGAAAGAUUGAUUACAUGGUCGACUAUUAUGGAUAUCCUUUUGAAAAACAUGUUGUUGAAACAGAAGAUGGCUAUUCUAUUGAAGUUCAUCGAAUUCCAGGUGGUAAAGGUGAAAAAGUGAAUCAAACUUUAAUUAAUAAGCCACCUGCUUAUCUGCUUCAUGCACUUACUCAAUCUUCAGCUGAUUGGAUUUCAGUUGGUCCACAAUUGUCCUUAGCAUUUUUACUGGCUGACGAAGGGUUUGACGUGUGGUUGGGAAAUUGCCGUGGUAAUCUUUUUGGCAGAAAUCACAAAAUUUAUUUGGAGACGAGCUACGGUUUCUGGAACUACAGAAUUCCCAAGUUGAUGGUCAUUGAGGUUGGUAAUUCAUGCCAGGGAUCUGCAUUACCGACUGAUAAUAAAUCUGAAUUACCGACUGCUGAUAAAUUGGCAAUGCUGAGGGACGGUAGCACAGUAGGAAAACCAACUGUUGCGAGACCGAUCAGGCGAAAACCUGGAUUAGGUUCAGAGUAUCGCCAUCUUUGGCACGAAAUUGGAAUUUAUGACAUGCCGGCUACAAUAGAUAUGAUUUUGAAAAAAACUGGAAAAAGUCAAUUAUAUCUGGGAUGUUUUUCACAAGGAUGUACUGCAUCACUUGUUAUGGGGGCUCUGAAACCUGAUUAUAAUAAAAAAAUUCGUUUGGCUGCAAAAAUGGGACCUGUUGCAUUUUUGGGAAACAUGCAGGGCGGUGGGAAGAUGGUAUUGCCAACAAUCACGAAACUACUAGUACCCAUCUUAGAACGAUUUGGUCAUUUUGAUGUAACAACGAUAGCCUUAUUGACAAUUUUAGUAACAAAAUUGCUCAAGAUGCAUAUAAUUAUUCCUGUAAUCUUCAAUGCAAUUUAUGCAUUUGUGGGUCCUGGUCACUCAAAUGACAAUGAACAAGCAAUUAAAAUGGGUGCACCAUUCUUACUUGGAGGAAUUUCUUCUAAACAAGUCCUUCAUUACGGGCUUGGUGUUCUUAAUCCCAAUACUUUCCGACAAUAUGACUAUGGUAGUGAGAAAAAUAUGAUCGCAUAUAAUUCAAGUGACCCUCCAGAUUAUCCAUUGGAAGAAGUUACAAUGCCCAUGGUCAUUUUCCAAGGCAAAAAUGAUUUUUGUGCAGAUCCUUUGGACGUGGAGUUAUUAAUGAAAAGGCUGCCUAAUGUUAUUCAAAGAUUCAUGAGGCCAGUCAACCACAUCGAUUUUGGAUAUAAUCGAAAUAUAAGAAGUCUUGUGUAUAAUAAAAUUGUGGAGUUGUUUAAAAAGUCUGAAAGUAAAAUAUCAAGGAAUAUCAGGAACUAA